AUGGGCAAACGCAAGAGAAAAGGCCUCCCCAGCCGCCACGCAGCCAGCAGCGCAUCGCCUUGCCCCCUCCUCCCCAAGAACUGGCCCCAGGACGUAACCUACCUCACCGAGCCCACCUACUCCCGGCACAUCACCCCUUCGCAGCUCGCCCUCCUCCGCACGCCGGACCCGUCCCUGCCCCGCAUCCCCCCGGCGCCGCCGCCAGGCCCGUGGCCCGACGUGCUCAUCGCGCCCAUCACCGCGCCCUCGCACCCGGCCCGCGGCCAGCGGGGGCUCUUCGCGGCGCGGGACCUGCCGCCGGGGUCCUUUGUGGUGCCGUACCUGGGGCACUACUACCACGCCGCCGGGAUGACGGGCACUACUGAGGGCGCGGGCGCGGAGGAGGAGGAGGCGCGCCGCCACGCGGCGGCGUCGGACUACGACCUGUGGCUGGACCGCGGGGCCGGCGUGGCCGUCGACGCGGCGCGGGCGGGCAACGAGGCGCGCUUCGUCAACGACUACCGCGGCACGGGGGCGCGGCGGGCCAACGCCGAGUUCCGGGAGGUGUGGGACGCGGUCCGGGGGGAGAAGGGCAUGGGGGUCUUUGUGCUGCCUCUGGGCAAGAGGCGGGCUGCGAAGCUGGCGAGGAGGAGGAGGGAGGGGAAGGUGGCUGCUGGUGGUGGGAGGAAGAGGGCUGGCGGUGGUGAGGAGAAGGAGGAGGAGGAGGAGGAGGAAGAUGACGGGUGGAUUCGGAAAGGAAAAGAGAUUCUGGUCAGUUAUGGGAAGGGGUUUUGGGAGAAGAGGAGGGAGGAGGAGAUGGGUGGAGAGGGUGAAGGUGGUUUUGAGACGGAGCAGCGGUAUGAGCGAGGUCAAGACGAGGCUGAGCCUUGUGAAGAGGACGACGAAGAGGAGUGGGAGGGCUUCGCAGACGCGCCAUCCACCGCUCCUACGUAG